UGAAAAGCAAAAUAUGGCAAGCACAUCAUCAAAGGAAGUUUCCACAAGCUGCACUAGUGUUAGUACGGGUGCACAUUGCUACAGAACAUAUACAGAGGUUUAUGCUCCAAUUCUAGUUGAAAGUGACACUAGUAGCUCAUCAGAAGAUGAAUUUGCUCACAAUGUUGAUUGUUUUAAUGACAAAAUAGUUAGUGUGGAAGACAUCCUGGAAAAUUUAGCCACGCAGAUUAAGUCUGAAACAGUCUCACGGUUCAAUAUAAACAGAGCUGACAUUUGGGAUGGAGCUCUACGUGGUUUUAAGCGUUCGUCCUUUGAUCCAGCACACACCAUUUUAGUGAAAUUCAGUGAUAAUACUGGCUACAUGGAGAGUGGCAUUGACACAGGAUGACCCAAACGAGAAUUUUUAGAACUCCUAAUGCAACAUCUUAAAAACAGAACACUAUUUGAAGGAAGGGAAACUGAAAAAUACUUGACCUGUGACAGUGUUGGUGAGUAUUAUGAGCUGUCACAUCCUGUAGUGGACUGACAUCUUGUACGUGUAUGAUUUCUUGUCAUUUGCCCAGUGUAGCCAUUAUAUAAUGUGCAUUAACUAUGGCUGAAAUAAGUUAAUUUAAGCAAUGGAUAGUUGAAUGGAUAUGGUGACUGGUUUGGCACUUUGUUUUUGUUUUAGCAUUUGAUAAUGAUGAAUAUUUCAUCAUUGGGCGAAUGAUCGCUGUCUCCAUGGUUCAUGGUGGUCCUGGGCCACAGUUCAUUUCGAAAAACUUGUUCAACUAUAUUUUAUGUGAAGGUAUCUUUUCCCCUGAUACAAAAGAUGUUUGUGAUCCAGAAAUACAGAUGAUGCUACAAAAGAUCAAGUCAUCGUCCUCAGUGGAAUGUCUUAGGAGUACAGUGGAGGUGUAUGCUACAAUGCUUAUGAUAGCGGGAUGUCUUUGCCAUGUUAUCAGGGAGCUUUCUGAUAAAGACAAAAUUGUGGAAGAUUAUCUGAAGUGGUAUUUUUUCACCAGAAAUGCUGCUUGUAUUCAAAGGUUCAAAGAAGGACUAACCACACUAAAUGUUCUUGAAGCAAUGAAACAAAAUCCAUCAGGAUUCAUGAAAUACUUCUGUUUUUCUGAGAAAAAAAUAACUUCUGAAAUUAUAGAGAAUCUUUUUAAAGCUGAGUUUAGCCAGCCUGGUAGCAACAGAAGACAAGAGGAAGUGAGGACAGCUGCAUACUGGGCAGACUACUUGUUAGAUAUUGAAGGUAAAACAUCAUUUGCUGAACCAUCUUUGGAAGAUAUCCUCAUGCUCUCAACCGGUGUUUCCUCAAUCCCACCAAUCGGCUUCCAUCCAAAGCCAACAGUUAAUUUCUUGCAUAAUGAGUCGCCAUAUCCCAUUGCUCAAACAUGCACCAAUUCUUUAAGCAUCCCCAUACAUAAAACAUAUGAUAAAUUCAAGUAUCAUAUGAAUUUUGGUAUUCUAAACUCACCUGGAUUUGGGCAACACUAAAUUCUGAUAUAAUUAAUCAUCAUAUAUUUUUACCAGCCCUGAACUUGCUCUUUCAUUAC